UGUAAAUGUGGAGAUGGUUUUGGAGAUAGAGGGAGAUUCUGUGGGUUAUGAUUUAUUUCGGUUGUUAGGUAAUAUGUAUUCUGGUCUGAUUUGAUAAAUGGGUGUGAGGAUUAGGAUUAGCUCUCUUUUUAUCCCAUUUAAGAUAAUAUUUUUGGUAGUAAGAUCUUUCUUCAAGGUCAUAUAUGUUGCUGGGGAUCUUCCUAGUGUAGCUUUGCAUUCUAUCAAAAUAUUUAGUUCGGAAUAAUUUUUAGGCAGAGAGAGUGCUCAUGAAUUUUAGGAUAUUUAGAACUAAAUGUUAAGUCAUCUGUUUAGCUGAACUCUUCCUGGUUCCUGAUAGUAUUGAGGGUGAUGUCUUAAUACUAUUCAAUUUCACAUGAGUAAAAAUUGUGUUAAUUUAAAUCAAAGAGUCUGAUUGAAUUAAAAACAAUCAUAGUAUCUUUGCGUAAGUUGUUAAUUAUUAUUGAGCUGAUAAUAUUGAAAUCAGAAUUGAUGUCUCCUUCAUCAAGUUAAUAAAGUUUAAGUAUAUGGGAAUUCAUGAUAGUUAUCAAAAAAUUUUCUUAAGAUUUCAAUCGAAAUCUUUAAAAACUAAUAAUUAAUCACUGCUGACCACUAAACUUUUAUCCCAUUUUUUCGUUCUUUAAUGCUUCGACCUCCUUCAAAGGACUGAUUAUUUAAAACACCUAAUUUAUCGCUAAAACGUCCUUAAAUAAAAAUAGCAUGACAAUAUAUGGUUAAUUCAAAAAAACUCAUAAGAACUUUAAAGAAUCAAAAAGAGUAUUUCCAUAAAAAUGCAGCUAAAAUCCCCAAAUACCACAAAGUGAUAAUCACAUAAAUCAAUGUUAGACCUAUAACUUUGAAGGUUUAGCUAAAAUAACCUCUCCUAAUCACAAACCGAUAAGUUUGUUUUUAUCUGGUAAAUAUUGAUUGCAUGAUAAUCUACAUGUUAUUGCAUGUUUUGGUCGUACUCUAAAAUCUAAAAAGUGAAUAAACUUUGUACCCCAGCUAGCUCCAGACUAAUUUUUUAAACUAGUCUAAAUUUCAACAACCUUCCAGUGUGGAUAAAGUUCAAGCCUUCAUAAUAUAGUUUUAAGAACUUAAUCUAAUAACUUAAAUUUACAUAUUUUAUGCCGAAUUUCUAAAGCCUUGCAAAAAUAUUUAGGAAAUCUCAGACCGAAAGAACACUUUCAGCAAAAAUUCUAUAACUAGUUAAUAUUUUAGUGGCUUGAGUUCUAAAGGAACUUGAGAACUUAAUAAUAAAAAUACUUAGAAUAGGUUCUUUUGGAACUUAACUAAAAAUCUUGAGAAGUUGAAAUAGGCUAAAAUUUCAGAUUUGAACUAAAUUUAUCUCAAUAAUGUAAUAAUUGCAUUUUAGUUACGGGAGAUGAGAAGUUUGGAAAAUUUCAGAAAAAUGAUUAAGAGCAGGUCAGGAUAUAAACUUUAGAAUCCCAGAUUAAAAUAAUUAAUUUUAAAUAUGGAUUAUUGUGUAAACUUUGGCAGUAAAAAUAUCUCGUUACUUUCCAAUUGGGAUUAUGGCAGCAUAAUUAAACAAUUGGAACAAAUUUACUGAGUUUGUUCAACAGCUGAUGAGCCCAUUCAUAGUAUUGGAGAGUUUGUGAAUCAAUCAGAUAGGCCAUCUUCCUGAAUGGUCGAUGAUUCUGAAAUAAAUUUAGAGCAAGGCAAGAGGGAAUGAAAAAGCAUAUCUUCUCAAACCAAGAAAAAGAAUGUAUGACUAGAUUUUGACAAAGGCCAACACCAAGUACAGGUUGUUAGUACUGAAGAAGAAAUUAAAGAAAAAGAAGAUAAACCUUCAGAAAUCAAAGAAAUAAAGUUGAGAUGGAGUAGGGCUCCAAGAAUAAAUAUAAGACCCAGACUUACUGCCCUGAGAAAACGUAUCCUUAAAAAUCCUGACACUUUUUACAAAUGUUCUCAAAAGGAUACAAGAUACACUACAAAUACUACUCUUGGAAGAAGAUCUCAGUACAUCGGAGUCUCCAAGAACAACAUCCAUUGGCAGGCUCUUAUCAAUUUCAAAGGAGAGAGAAAGUACAUUGGCACCUUCAUAAGUGAGCUCGAAGCUGCUAAGACAUACGACUUAUUUGCAGUUGCUACAAAAGGCAAAGAUGCAUCUAUAAACUUUGAUUAUUCAGGACAAGAGAUGAUAGAUAUUAUCAACUAUUACAUGAAGUGCAGAAGAAUCGCCAUCUAA